AUGGUCCUGCAUCUACUAGCCGGCCUUCUCCUUCAAGUUGUCCAUCUAAUCGCGGCUGCCCCACUUCUCUUCCACGCGGCACCCAUCGCCCUCCUGCUGCUCGUCUGCACGAAAAAAAAAGUAGCCCCCGAGAUGCAGUCGCAGUCAAUGGAGGCCGUCUCGCCAGCGGGAAUGUUCGUGCCAAAAGCCCAAUCGAGAGCCUCGACCGACAACGACCCGUGCAACACGUACUUCGACGCGCCGGAAGACAGCUUCGGCAACUCGUGCAAGGUGACCGUCCCGUCGAAGGAGCCGAUUGAAGAAGAUGAACAAGAGGAGAUUGUGCACGCACGCGAUGACAAGGAUCUGCGAGAGAUUGAAGUGAAGUCGGCCUACAUGGGCGCAAUCUUCCCGGGCGGUGGUGGUGCCGUCGGACCGCCCCCAUCCGUCAUUGCCGGCCCGCUUCCGAACCGCUCGAAAAGCAUCAAAAAGCAGAAGAACCAAGGAGGUCCUGGGGCCAAAGGCAGCGGAUCGGCCGAGCAAAUCAAGUCCUCCUACAUCUUG